GGUCGAAUGUUUUGUUAAUCUUCAAGAUACUCGCAUUUAAGCGAGACCUUCACUUCUAUAAAUUAAAUUUCAACAACGCGCUCUGCGCUCAGUACAAAAUCUGCAUCUUCAAUGGACGCGCACAUUCACGAACAAUAGACUACACAAGCUCGGUUAUCGUCCAAGCCUCUACAGUCGCAUCAAGGCGAUGGACAGUGUCAGUUGUGCGGUUGGCAAUUUAGUUUUCUCUCUGCCGUUUUAAGAUUUGCCUGAGUUCGAACAGAGCAAUCAGAGCGCCGCAGACGUUCCGUUAAAGACGCGUGAAAACAAUAAAUGAUUGUGAAAAAAUGAUAAAACUUUUUGAAGUUGAAAAUAAAUAUGACGGCAUAACCAGCGUGUUGCUUCCAUAUUUUGGAAUAUUUCAUUGAGGAUAUUUUUGUGUAGUGAAAAGUGCGUCCAAUAAGCGAGAAUAUUUUGUGCUCAACCCGAAAGCACCUUAAAAAGAAAAAAACUACAAUUCAUCUGAAUGUACAAUAGAUAGAAGCCACAGCUCAAAAAGUAGUGUACCAUCAAAUCUAACUCAAGCUCUCGCUGUGAGAGCCGCUUAAAAUGGUUGUGAAAUCAACGAACGCUAAGGGUAAACCGAAAAGUGAACUUGCGGAACCAAGCGAAAUCGAAACCACCAUGACACUAAUUACGCCAAAUAAUAAUAACAAUAGCAAUACAACAACAACGGGUACUAAAUCCAACCCAAAUAACUUAAAUGCUGCGUCGAAUUUUGGCAACUCUCUGCCCUCCACCGUUGGUGAAAGCACCGAGCGCCAUUGUCUAAUCACUGUCGACGAUGGCAAUGACCGCUUGACCGGCAAAACAAACGCCGUCGCCACAACAUCCAACACCAAAGGAAGCGCAUACGCUGCGACUGAACUUAGUGACGUGCCCCAGCCGAAUUGUCUUAUCGCAAACGAAUCGGGUGAAACAAUUAGUUCGGGUUCUAGUACAGACACUAAAAAUAAACCAUUAAUACCGGACGGCGGUUACGGUUGGGUUGUCGUGUGCGCCUCACUUGUAGUCUCGCUCAUCGCUGACGGUUUGGGUUUCUCAUUCGGUUUGAUUAAUUCAGAAUUAUUGACAUAUUUCGGCGAGUCGGCGGCGAAGACAGCAUGGAUUAGUUCAUUGUUCUUUUCGGUGCCGCUCUUAAUGGGCCCAAUAUGGUCGAAUCUCGUUGAUCGGUAUGGUUGUCGUAGAAUGACAAUUUUCGGCGGCAUAUUAUCAGCCACCGGCUUCGCACUGUCGUCAAUGUGUAAUUCAGUGGAGAUGUUGAUGUUAACUUUUGGCAUCAUCUCAGGUCUGGGUCUGGGCAUAAGUUUUGUAACAGCUGUGGUAUCAAUCGCUUUUUGGUUCGAUAAAAAGCGUACAUUCGCGACGGGUAUAGCAGCGUCGGGCACCGGCAUUGGUACCAUCUUAUAUGCACCGCUAACUCAAUCUCUAAUCGAUAGUUAUGGCUGGCGUAUUGCUACACUUAUACUAGCGGGCACUAUAUUGAAUACUUCUGUGAGUGGCGCUCUGAUGCGAGAUCCCGAUUGGCUGAUUGAAGAGAAGCGCUUGGAGAAGGAGGCCGAAGAUAUUGCCGAUACAUAUCGCAAUUCAAUUGUAAAUCGUGAAGAUAUAAGGAAAAUGCUUGACACUGGCGCCAGCAAGGAAGCCGUUUUGGAGUCGCUGGUGGCCCAGGCACAUCCGCCACUAAACAGGGCUGGCAAAAAUGAUAUAAAACGCUUGCGUAGCGAAAUGUUCUUUCCAACCUUUUUGGGUUCGCAGAAUCUAGACUGUAUUUAUGAGACGAACAGUAACAGUAGACGCUCAUCACAAGAUGCCGAUGAAGAUGAAGUACCGGCGCAUGAGCUGGUUUCAUCAACCGGCAAUUUAGACAAAUUAAACUGUGAUACUACUCAACAAACAAAUAAAAAUGAUAUCGCCAUACAAGUGCAAGAUAAUUUAGUUAAACAAAAUAAUUCCACGACACAAACUCCGAUGCCGGAAAGUACAGCAAACAAUGAAAAAAGGAAAUAUAUACGCUCGAAUAGCAAGUCCACAAAGUUGGUAGCUCGUAGUCAGAGCUCACAUUUCCAACAAACCGGCUCGCUGCCGCCCGCAAACACCCAGAAGAAUGUCCAAAUGCAUCGCACAAUUUCCCGCGAGCGUAGCGCACUGUUGAGCCCGUAUCGGCAUCGCACUAACUCAUGUCCGAAUAUCCCUAGGAAUCCAUUGGCGGCGCUGCCGAAAGUGACUAAAAAUACUUGGUACGACGCUGUAAUAGAUGCGCUAAAGACUUCAUUUGAUUUUUCAUUAUUUGCGGAUAUUAAAUUCUCAUUAUUUAAUUUAGCCACAUUAUUUUUGUUCAUUUGGUUCAUUAUACCCUAUCUAUAUCUGCCGGAAUAUAUGAAAAUUCACGGUUACGAAGCAGCAGACUCCGCCCAUUUGAUUUCGAUUAUUGGCAUUGCGCAAACCAUUGGCAUGAUUUUUCUGGGUUAUAUCGGAGAUCGUCCGUGGCUGAAUGUGAAUAUUUGUUAUUCAGUGUGUAUGGGGGGUAUGUACAAAAUACGCACAAAGUAA